UUAAUGAAAGAUUAGUGUAUAAUCUGUAAAUUUGUAUUUUAUUCCAAAACUAAAUAUAUUUUAGGUUUUUCAUUUAUCUUAAGUGUUAUUAAACAUUUUGUUUAAUACUAAAUAACGCUACGUUUUAACGUAGUAAAUGUACAAACAUGAGAACUAGGAAGACAUUAGCAAUUCUUGGUGCAGGUUUAAUUCUUAUCUGCUGCAUUAUGAUGUAUUUAAUGAUGGAUCUAGCACUUUUUCCAACUGGGCAAGGAUCUAAACUUUCAGUUAAUGAUAAUCAGUGGUUACAUUUUGAAAACAGACUUGCAAAGUUAGAAAAAGACAUUAAUAAACAUCAUGAAGUUAUCAAUGCUUUACAAGAAGUGCGGAAGCAAAAUUUUGUUCCUGUAGUUCACUCUAUAAAUCGUCGUAAUCAAUCUAUAUCCUCUAGUUCCUCUCAUUUUGGAAAGGUACUUAAAUGUAAUUUUAAUAUACAAAAAGUACCAGAAGUAGAUAUACAAAUGUUGGAGAUGUACAGACAAUUAGAAUUUGACAAUGUAGAUGGUGGAGUUUGGAAACAAGGAUGGGAUAUUACGUACGAUGAAAAGCAGUGGCAUCCAAAUAGAAAAUUAAAAGUUUUUGUAGUUCCACAUUCUCAUAAUGAUCCUGGUUGGCUCAGUACUUUUGAGAAAUAUUAUACAUUUCAAACUCGUAACAUAUUAAAUAAUAUGGUAACAAAAUUGGCAGAAGAUAGAAGACGUAAAUUUAUUUGGGCUGAAAUAUCAUUUUUCCAACUCUGGUGGGAAGAUCAAUCUAAAACAAUUCAAAAUUUGGUUCGACGUUUAAUUCACGACGGUCAACUGGAAAUUGUGACAGGAGGAUGGGUUAUGCCAGAUGAAUCUGUUUCUCAUUGGUUUUCUCAACUUACACAACUUACAGAAGGUCAUCAGUGGUUAAAAUACAAUAUAGAUUAUACACCGAAUUCAGGAUGGGCUAUUGACCCGUUUGGUCUUUCCCCGACUAUGCCGUAUCUUUUAAAAAAUGCAGGAUUGGAAAAUGUACUGAUACAAAGGGUUCAUUAUUCAGUUAAAAAAAAACUAGCCAGGCAUAAGCAAUUAGAAUUUCGAUGGAGACAGUUAUGGGAUAAUGACGGAUCAACAGAAAUAUUUACGCAUGUAAUGCCAUUUUAUAGUUACGACGUGCCGCAUACUUGUGGGCCAGAUCCAAAAAUAUGUUGUCAAUUUGACUUUUAUCGACUCCAAAGUUUUGGCUUAAGUUGCCCGUGGAAAAUAGCUCCACGAGCUAUAACUAAAGCUAAUGUUGCAGAAAGAGCAACUCUUUUACUAGAUCAAUAUCGUAAAAAAGCUCAACUUUUUAAGACAAAUGUAGUGUUGGCACCGCUAGGAGAUGAUUUUAGAUACACUCAUUUUACUGAGUGGGAUGCUCAGUAUAAUAAUUAUCAAAAACUGUUUGAUUAUAUGAAUCAAAAUCAACAAAUGAAUGUACAAAUUAAAUUUGGAACAUUAAGAGAUUAUUUUGAUGCAAUUAGAGAGAAACAUAAUUUAAACGAGUUUCCUACAUUGUCAGGAGAUUUUUUCACCUAUUCUGAUAGAGAUGAUCAUUAUUGGAGUGGAUACUAUACUUCAAGGCCUUUUCAUAAACGAUUAGAUCGUGUAUUGCUGAGUUUAUUAAGAGCAUCGGAAGUACUAACAACUAUAGCUUGGACCAAGGGUAAUGAUAACUUAGUGGAAGGAACUCUCGCACAGCGUCUGAGUAAAGCAAGAAUGUGGCAUUCUUUAUUCCAACAUCACGAUGGUAUUACUGGAACUGCCAGAGAUGAAGUGGUUAUUGACUAUGCUAAGAAAAUGAUAAUGGCCUUAAAUAAUUCUGCUCAUGUGCUUCAGCAGUCUGUGGUACAUUUAUUAAAAACCCCACAAGAAUCUCCUAUUGACACGGAUGCUGUUUAUAUUUCACUGGAUGAAUCUAGAUUACGUCAUACCAGUGCAGGAGAUAAAUACGUACUUACCUUAGGAGAUGAAACUCCCAUGAAAAAAGUUAUUCUAUAUAAUUCUAUUCCAAGACAAAGAACGAAAGUACAAACAUUAGUUGUAUCUACUCCGUUUGUUAGAGUUACGGAUCGCAUGGGACAACCGGUACAAUGUCAGAUUUCUCCAAUUUGGAUCGGCCCAGCAGCAUUAACUGUUGCCAGAUAUGAAUUAUCGUUUUUAGUUACCGUACCUGGAUUUGGUAUUACAACGUACAUAAUACAUGCUCUGCCCACAUCAUCAUUUCCACGGGAGGUUCAUCUUGCAAAUGUGACUGUUUUCAAUACCGAUAUAAUCCUUCCAAAAAUACUAGGUUUCAAUCAAAUUCAAGUAAUACCUAAUGCACAAGAAUUUUCGAUCACGCAACGUCCAGAAUUGUCUGCAUCUUUUGGAAAAUCAGGACUUUUAAAAGCUUUAAGAGUCAGUAAUACGACUGUUCCUGUUCAUUUAGAGUUUGUUAAAUAUAGUACCAGAGGUUCUGGUAAAGAUAAAAGUGGAGCCUAUUUAUUUUUACCUGACAAACCAGAACCAGAUUUGGUGUUUAUGGACAACAAGUGUAUCAUACACUUAAUAAGUGGACCUAUCGUGUCCAAAGUAUUUGUAGAAUUAGCAUAUGUACGUCACACUUGUACAUUAUACAAUUCACCUGGUAGCGAUGGUCUUGGGUUACAUAUAUUUAACGAAAUUAAUAUAUCGGAAACGCAAAAUUAUGAACUUGCUAUGAGAUUAAGUACAGAUAUAGCUUCAGGAGAUCAAUUUUAUACAGAUUUAAAUGGGCUUAAUACAAUUAAGCGCCAAAGAUUUCCGAAACUUCCUACUCAAGGAAAUUAUUAUCCAAUGGCAGCAAGUGCUUACCAUAAAGAUGAAAAACUAGAUUAAUAUACAGUAGUAACAGCACAACCAUUAGGUGUAAGUUCCAUGGCAUCUGGACAAAUUGAAAUUAUGCAAGAUCGGAGGUUACUUCAAGAUGAUAAUAGAGUGGGUCAAGGUAUAACCGACAACUUAUUAACAAAUCAUUUAUUCAACAUUAUUCUGAAGAGAAAAACCUUUUGUACAUCUUCGUUACCAUCCAACAAAUCACCAGCAGGAUUAUUAUCGCUACAUGGCCUAGCAUCAGAAGAACUAUUACACCCAAUAAUUGCAAUGCAUCCACAUAAUUCUUUACCAUUCGACUUAAAUGCUUAUUUUUCGCCGCUCCGCUAAUGAUUUUCCUGCAGAUUUAAACGUUGUCAGCUCCGAGUAUUCCCCAUUCCUGAAGGAGCAGAAGGUAUUGGGAUGGUAUUACAUCACGCAGCUGUUGAUAUGUGUUGGAAUAACAACUUUUAUUCACGCCAUUUCAAUAUUUCUGAAUCAGUAGAAGUUGAUUUAACAAAGUUUCUCAAUUAUAUAGAUGACUGGAUCAUUAGUAAAGCUCCUCUCACAUUUCAUAAUGUAGGACCAUCUUUGAAAUCUCCUAUUGUCAAUUUAUGUCCACACCAAAUAUUACCAGUUUUAUUCCAUAAAACACAGUCUUAGGUUAAAUAAUCUAAUAUUUUGUUGAAUUCAUUUGGCUUCAUUUUACAAAUUUACUUAAAAUAAUGUAAUGUGCUUCAUCAGAUAUUGGUAGACUGGUCUUAUCCAAUUUGUAAC